AUGCCGAAGAAUGAAAAUCAAGAAAACAAAAAGCGCACACGGCCGUACCAACCAUCACAUCGUUGGACGCAGAUGGAAACCCAGUCGAUGCUGGACUUAAUAGUGGAGGCGGUGAAGGAUAACCCCGAAACCUUUGAGAAACCAACAGCCCAAAAAUUUUUCCAAAAGUUUGCGGGAAUGUCUCCACUACUGGCCAGCAUCGACUGGGUAUGCAUGAAAAGUAAAAUGCGUUACCUCAAAGGGACGUAUAUGUCCGCGAUGGACUGGCAGGGGAAAACAGGCGCCGGCCUCCUGGAAACUGGAGAGGAGAAGAGUGUGUUGGAAUACAUCAAAAAAAAAAAUCAUCUAUAUAACAUUUGUCCAUUUUUUGACCAGUUGGAAAUAAUUUUUGGGGCUAGAAAGAAUAUAGCCCCAAACAUCGUCUAUCAGACAAAUUAUUCAACCGAUGAGUUGAUAGAGGAAAUCCAAGAGGACGACUCAACCUAUAUUGAAAUUGAACACACAGACAGUUUCCAGGAGGACGAGGCGCCACAGCUAUCGCCAGUAAGCAAAGCCAAAGACCAAAUGAAAAUGCCGAACAAAAAAACAAAUAAAAUAACUAGUUCCAAUGCUAUUGGGCAGUUAAUGGAGCUGCAAGUCAAGAAAUUAGAACUUGAAACAAAAAAAUUCCAAGAAGAAAUGGAAUUGAAAAAGAAGAAGCAAGAACAAGACUUCGAAUUAAGGAAGCUAGAAAUUGAGAAGGAAGAGAGAGUCCAACGUUAUGAGUUGGAAUUGAAAUUUAAACAACAAUAA